AUGUCGACUCCGGCCGCAAACUUGGGAGACUUCCUUCGAGUAUUGAUGGCAGUGCAGGCUGUGCUCCUGACAGACGGCCCCAAGUCGUUCACCAACUGGUUGCGUCAACUCCGUCUUGCACUCCCGAACCAGGUUCGUGGUUACGUUCUCGACGGUGUCGUUUCCCCGACCUGGACCGCCGACCAGCUUGCCGCACGUGACGACGCCGCCCGGGAAAUCAUCGUUGGCUCUAUCGACUCCGCCGACGUAUCGGCCACCCUCGACGCCAUCCCCAGCGACGACCUGUCGGCACCGCGCAUCUUUGCCGCUCUCAAGGCUCGUUUUGCACCGGACGACGCUACACGCACUCUCGAGUUGUUCGCUCGCCUUUGGGACUUCAGGAAGAUGCCUGCCUCCGUCGAGGCCUACGACACUUGGCUACGCGAGUACAUGUCGAUUGCUCAGGAAAUACGCGACGCCAAAACAUCGCUCAACGACGUGCUCGCCACCCACGUGCUCGCCAUGGUCCCGUCUUGCCUCGACAGCUUCCGACUCACGUUCACGGACGAGCAGCGAAACCGACGCGACCUUCCCGAACUCACGACGCUUACGGACCGCAUUCGCAUCCAGCUUCGUUCGGCAGGACUCUCGACCUCGCAUUCGGCCAUGCUUGCCACCAGCUCCCCCUGCCCCGCCUGCCGCGCUCCCGGUCACCGCCUGCGCGACUGCACUUCACGUGCGAAGCACCCGCCCACCGGCCCCUGCCGCCGAUGCCACAAGAAAGGUCACUGGGCACUCGACUGCAAGAACCGGGGUGAACAGGCACGUAGCAGCGACGACACCCAGGACGACACGUCUUCCUCCGCGGCCUCGCAACCGAACGUCGGCUAUUUCGCCUCCUGCCUCUUCGCUCGUCGCCAACUCCCAACUGACGCCUUUGUAGUCGAUUCGGGUGCCACGACACACAUGGUCGCCGACCGAUCUCUAUUCACGACUUAUCGUCAGACGGCACACACCAAGAUCGGCGGCAUCGCGGGCGGCAUCACGGCUAUCGGCAUGGGGGACGUGGCAUUCGUCGCCAAGACUGGACACCCGAUCACGCUCCGUGGUGUUCUUCACACGCCUGGCCUACACGUCAACCUCCUCUCUGUCUCUCGCCUCUGCGACACCGACCGCGUUCGUCUCGCCUUCACCAGCGACGGCAUCGACAUCGCCAAGGACGGCCGGGCCAUUGCUCACGGUACCAGGGUCAACGACGGUCUUUACCUUUUGGACGCGGAUCACACCAAGUGUCAGCAUCUUGCCUUCCUCUCACGCUCUGAGUCUCCCGUGCCCCUGCUUACCCUACACCGCUGCCUCGGCCAUCUUGCCCCAUCCUCUAUACAGAAGAUGAUUGCUGCAGGUUUGCUGGACGGGUUUGGGGCCGGGUACAGUGACAAAGACGUAGAGGAGUUUGUUUGCAAUGCUUGCCUUGGUUCCAAAGGUCACCGCCUUCCCUUUCCCGACUCUGAGUCGCAUUCCGCCGAGAGACUUGGCCUCGUGCACAGCGACGUCCUGUCGUUCCCCACUCCGUCCUUGACCGGGAAGCGCUACCUUGUCACGUUUCUAGACGACCACUCUCGCAAACUCUGGGCAUAUGCGAUCGAUCACAAAAGCGAUGUUUUCCCGACCUUCCAGACUUGGCUCGCCGAAGUGGAGUUAGAGACGAACGCGCGGUUGAGGAUCCUUCGAACCGACAAUGGCGGGGAGUACCGAUCAAACGCAUUCACGGAGUUCUGCAAAUCCAAGGGCAUUCGUCGUCAAUACUCUAUCCCUUACACGCCUCAACAAAACGGUCGCGCCGAACGUGUCAACCUCUCCAUCGUCGAGGGCGUCCUCGCUCUCCUUGCGGACGCCCGUCUGCCGGCCACCUUUUGGGAUGAAGCGGCUGCGUAUUUCGUUUAUUGCAAAAACAGGUGCUCACACUCAGCUUUGGCCAAACAGACUCCAGAAUCCGUUUGGAACGGCCAACGCACCACCGCCACCGCCCUCCACCCGUUCGGCUGCACAGCCUGGCUCACGGUCGCCCCUGCCGUCAAGACGAGGACCCCACUAGUAAGGUCGGCGCACAUGGACGUCUCAUCCUCCCUUGAUGAUUCUGCCAUGAGCGCCGUUGACGUGGCCCCAGGGUACACUGGCGGAACCUUACUUAAUUCCACAGAUACCGAAUCGUCCUCGUCACCGUCUCCUGAGCCGUCCUCGUCACCGUCGCCCACAAACCCUUUGUCACCGUCGCCUGCGCUGUCACCGUCGUUGGCAGCGUCAUCGUCACCCUCGGUCUCACCGACCGACUCUGACUACUCCGCCGACCCUCUGGACCUCAUCGGCUCACAGACCCCGACUCGCCUUGGCCCACCGGACGUGCACCGCCCAGACUUCAGCACGUACCGUGAGCCCGCAUCGGCUGAGGAGUCGCCCGACGAACUCGACAUCAUUGGGCGUCACUCGCGCGAUGAAUCGCCGGAUGAAAUCGAUUUCCUCACCCAACACCACCGCGCCUUCAUCGCCACAGACGACGACGACCCCACCCUCGACGCCAUCGAGCCCGUCAAAUCGAUCACUAGCGACCCCCAGACCUGGCGCGAAGCAAUGUCCAGCGACGAGCACAACAUCUGGGCUGAGGCCGCCGCCGCCGAGUUCACCGCCAUGCGCGACGACUUCAAGGUGUUCACCAUCGAGCCUCGCUCAUCUGUACCGCCGGGCGCCACCAUCGUCACCUCCAAAUUCGUCUGGAAGACCAAGCGCAACGCAAGCGGUGAAGUCACGGGGCGGAAGGCACGUCUUGUAGCGCAGGGUAACCGACAGCGCGACGGCAUCGACUUCUCAGAAACCUUCGCACCCGUCGCCCGUUUCUCCUCCAUUCGCUGCCUCCUGGCUCUUGCCGCUGCCAAUGGCUACCACGUUCAUCAGGCCGACAUCGACAAGGCUUACCUCCACGGCGAGCUCGAUCAUGAUAUCUGGAUGACGACACCACGCGGUUUCGACUUCCCAAGCGAUAAGGUUCUCCGGCUGCGACGCUCAAUCUACGGUCUCAAGCAGGCCGGUCGCAUCUGGAAUCGUCACAUUGACACAUCACUCAGGAAUCUGGGGUACAUGGCAACAGGCACUGAUCACUGCAUUUACUCUCGCAUUGACGAUCAGCAGCGGCCUCACUAUAUCGCCUUGUAUGUCGACGACCUCCUCAUUGUCAGUCCAGCCCUCGACGAGAUCGAACGUGUCAUCUCCGGCCUUGAACAGCGGUACGGCGUCAAACGACUCGGCCCCGCGGAGUACAUCCUCGGAAUCCAAAUACGCCGCCUGGACGACGGUUCCAUUGCUCUAUCCCAGGAGCGCUACAUCAUGGACGUGCUGGCCCGUUUCCACUUCGACACCACGACACGCGGCACUACGGUGCCGAUGACGCCCGGCCUCUCGCUCACGGCAAUUCCGGGUCAGGGAACGGAGCGCAUUCGUUCGUGGUACCUACAGGCCAUCGGCUCCCUCCUCUACAUCUCCCUUGGCACUCGACCCGACAUUGCCUUCGCCGUCUCGUACCUGUCCCGGUUCGCCAACAACCCCGGCCGCCGCCAUUGGAUUGCCGUCAAACACGUCCUUCGCUACCUUCGCGCCACGUACCGCGAUGAGCUUCUCUAUGCCCGCGGCCCAGCAAAAGUCACGGGUGUGGUUGGUUAUUCUGAUGCGAACUGGGGCGCCUGCGUCGACACAUCCAUUUCAACGAUGGGCUACGUAUUUUACUUGGCAGGCGCCGCUGUCUCUUGGUCGUCGAAGCGUCAGACUCGGGUAGCGGAUUCCACCACUGAUGCCGAGUACCUGGCCUUGUCGCACGCGGGUAAGGAAGCGAUCUACCUUAACCAACUCCUCUCCGAGCUCCACGUUUGCCCAAUCGCUGCAGCUCACAUCUUCACCGACAACGAGGCCGCGGCCGCCGUCGCUCACGACCCCGUUCGCACCUCCGGCACCCGGCACAUUCGCCUCCGCGAGCAUUUUGUCCGUGACAUGGUCAAUCGAGGUGAUAUCUCUCUCUCACACGUUGGCACAGCAGACAUGGUUGCGGACGUAUUCACCAAAGCGCUAGGCCCCAAGAUUUUUGGUACACAUUGCUAUGCUCUAGGCCUCCGGACGCGACAUCCACGGCUCAAGUCUACCUCGCGUUCGCGUGGGGGGGGGUGUGAGGAAUCCACUCUCCGCUCGGCUCAGGACUUAGGCGCGCGGAGCGAACCGGGCGCGGACUUAGGCGCGCGGAGUGAGCCGGGCGCCCCGGCCCAGGACUUAGGCGCGCGAAGCGAGCCUGGGACUUAG